CACCGUUUGGCAGAUUCUGCCACCGUUCAACACAUUGAUCCAUGCCCUCCCCCAAACCACCCGAAUCUCAGAAGAAGAAGCCUGGCCGCGGCGGUCCUAGACCCGGCGCAGGACGGCCACGCAAAGAGCCACAGCCCGGCCAAGGUCAACACAAGCCCCGAAAGAAAACACAGACUUCGCAAGCGCAUCAAUUGGCGCCUGGGGCUGCGAUCCCAGCAUUCUUCCAACCACGAGAUAUCUCACGGCCCGUUCCACUCGGAACUCACUCGCCGUUUACUACACCAUCCGCUUCAACAUCCCGUGGUCCCGUUCAAGAUCCGCAGGCGUCCUUCUGGUCUGGUGUUCGUGCGGCUGCCGGUGCGGCGGCGGCGAUUCGAACUGAGAAUGGCAACGAAGCUCCCAUGCUCACCGACUCCGACCUUCGUUCGUUACAAGAGGGUCUCGAAUUCAUCGAAGGCAAUGAUGAACAUGCCGAUAUUCUUGCUCGCCGGGAGCAGGAUUCCCAAGAGUCCAUGGUCGACGAGAUUUUUGAGAGGGACGGGGAGAUGGAUAGUGUCGCGGUGUUAGAGGCGGAGACGAGGGAUUCCGAGGCUGCGAAUGGAUCAAUUCACGAGCAGCACCAUUACGGACUUCGGAAGAGAAUUGUGGAUGAGAUUCGUGUUCAUGGCAUGCCUCUGUGUUACAAAAGAGGGCAAUUAUUUGACCGCCCCGUGCAUCCCAUCUUCGCCAUGCAGCGCAACGCAACACUCGGCCUUGCCACUGGGCUUGAUCCCAGCCCAUUGUAUCUCUGCAAAACUUUUCUUUGGCUUCCGUCGUAUCUGCCUGGUCAUCCUGACAGAUUUUUGUGUAAAUGUGGUGGAUACUUAUCCUCAAACGGCUACAAUGACAAUCCUAUCGCUCGACGUGUCCGCUCCAUGCCAAAUGAUUUCUUCAUUCUCACGAAUCGGUACACCUGUGAUAAACGGCGGAACGGAAGUCCAGGAUGCGGUCAGAAUAUUCAAGGCACUGACCCACAUAUCAUUGGCCAACUUCCCAGAUUUGUUCAAGCUGCAUUUCCAGCCUAUCUCUCGGCGCGCGGGGCAAUCUCAAAGCUUGUCAUGCGCCAGAUGUCCAAUACAUUUGCUGCUCGAUUUGGGCCUGCUCCUUUUUCGGACCUCUUUUCGGACAUCCAACACCGCGCCCAUGCCGACAAUGAGAUGAUUUAUCUCAGCGCGGCGAACUUCUAUGGCGUUAAGCCAAUGGAGCCCUUCUCUGGCUUUGAUGAUCGCACCCGCUAUGCUGGCUCAUUGCCAUCAGUUGGGUAUCUGAAGGCGCUGUUCACCGACUACAUCUCUGCACAUCGGAUCUUCAUUGACCGCUUUAUUGCAAGUCUUCCGCUCACAAUUGCAAAGGCGGAUCACACUUUCGAUUUUUUGAAGCAUAUGGGUGGUGUCAAGGGCUCUCGUAUCUUCACAGCGGCUUAUACCAUCUUGAACGAGUUCGAGGAAGUUCGAGCACAUUCCCUGACAUUGACAAAGUCUUUAUCCUUUGUUGACGAGAUGUAUUCUUGUCUUCUCCAAGGCCUGACGGAUUGCCAGAAUGCGGUGACACAGAUUUUGUACACAGACUCGCCUCAAUUAGAACGCUCAUUCCACGAGAAGAUCAACUCUGCUCUUCGUGAUGAUGUUUCGGCAGUCACAGAUUGGACCGACCUCCCCGCGUUCGAACGAACACUCACCAUCCUACCCCAGACUCUGUCGGAUUCCAUUAUUAUUGAAUCAACGGCCAACGAGGUCCUACAAAGUCUGAUUGCCCCUUCAACAACAUCCUCCUCAUGGGCAAUUAUCAUUGAUGCUCAGGCUAACGAGCAUGAGAAUGGGAUGCGCAUAGAUUAUGUACAGCUCCGGACACAUGACCGUAUUCUUAUCUUUCAGUUAUCAGACUAUGAUCAUCGCACUCAGUUUCCGCCGUCCUUACUUGCGAUCCUCACCAAUCCCUCCAUCAUCAAAGUUGGGUACUGUGUUCGACAGUCGCUUCAGCAGGUCGCUGCAGUUUUCUUGCUGGCAGACAUCGAGAGCCUGCUCAAGUCCCGAACAACGCCAUUCUUGGAUUUGGGCAAGCUGGCAAGGCUCAAAGGCGUGGUAAAUGACCAUAAUGCAUCUCUGCAUGCUCUGGCCGGAACAGUGCUGAAGCGUUCAUUCACUCCAUCGCAAAUCGGUAUUGGCGUCUCUGACAUGAUUGACUGCCAGUGGCAAAUAUUCACUGCGCUUCACGGAAAAGACGCAGUUGGGCUACCACUGACUCCUGAGCAAGUGACGAGUCAUGGAACACUUGUCACUCUUGUUCUCGGCUGUAAGCCAGUUGCGGAAGGAUACAUAGUUGGACAGCAUCCAGGCUAUUUGAAUGCCGCCAUGGAUUUGCAAGGAAGCAGUAAACAGAUCAACAUUACAGCUUCGCGAUCGCUUAUUCACAUUACCAAGAUUCUAACUCCAGGCGCCAUCCUCAAUCUCCAUAAGCAGACAAUCGAGUGGAUUGUUGCUCACGGGCAACAGGCUGUAGUAACAACCUCUCAGCUUCGUUUGCACGGGCAAUCAGACCCUGUUCCUAUCCGUCCUCCAACGAGCCUCCUCGGAAUCCCUGCCCCUCCCAAUCCUCUUGUUGAAUAUCCGGAGUUCGUGCCUCAUGUACCAGCAAAUUCACUGUCUGGAGACUCCGACGAUGUCAUGGAGUGGGAUACAGAUGAUGAAGAUGCCGAGGACGAGUUAGGUCAAUAUGGGCAGUUCACAUACAACUCGAUUCCUUUGCAAGAGCCCGUACAAAUGGAGAUUAAUGAGUCGAUGACACCCGCCAAAUUGAUCAACAACUUCAAUACUGGUGUCCGCUUUCUCAAUCGAGCUUGCAACGAGCCCGAUCUUCCCAGCCGUGUCCUCGAUGACGGCCUGCAUUUCAUGGACCGCUUGCUUCGCCUCUUGUCAAAGAAGAAUUCGGCUUUCAAGGCGUUUGCGCAUGACUUCAGCGAAGCCAUCUUCAUUCGAGAUCAAGCAGAUGAAGCUGCAGUGCGCGCGGUUCUGGAGAAAUACGGGAUUGACUGGGAAUAUGCGAAACGCGCCAAGGCCUCCAUUCUCAAUCGGCGCAUUCGGCGCAUCAUCCCUCCUCGCAAGAUUCUUGUUAUCCGUCUCGACAAGCUAUUUGACGCAUAUGCUGACCUUACCUGCUCAACCAAGUCUGGCUCAGGUCCGUUCUUUACUGCGGAGGCCCGUGACAUGUGGAAGAAUCUGCGCAGUACCGCACAGCAGGGAUAUCUCUCUGAUCCUCCCUUGAUUCCACUCUAUUAUCUCAUGGGCAAGGAUCGCGACGGACUGAACCUGUAUCGCACUGUUCGGGGCACGAACUCGAUUGAGGGUGGAUUCCAUAUGGCUGUUCGUCGGAUUUUUGGGUCGUUACGAGCAUCGCCCGAGCUGGCUGAAUGUCUUCUGAUCAACUGGAUCUUACGGCGAAAUGUCAAGGUCGGCUUCCAUAACCGCACCGGUAAGAAGUACCGCGGCCAUUUCGCGCUUUGGGAUCGCGAUGAGAUUGUUGAGCUUGCAGCUCUUGUUGGCGUCAAGCCGUCAUUCCCCCUGCCUCGCGUUCUCUCGACCAGGAUUGCGACCACUGAAACGAUCGGCAUCCUUCCGAUCUCUCAAACAUUAGCGGAGAAGCUUGACAUGGUGACUCUUCCACGACCCCGUAUUACGGGAGUCCCUCAUCAUCGCGACACUCCCGUGAACAUCUUGACACACCUCUCCACAAAGCCGACGAACCAAUAUCGCUAUUUACAGCUGCGGCAACUCACUCUGUCACCCGUUCUUCCCGUCCAUACGCGAAAGGAAUAUUCAGUUUUCAAGGCUCAUAUCGACUCGCUUGCGUUCCGCAAGGGUGAUGGAUCUUAUCCCGUGCACGAGAGAUACAGGAAUGUGGAUUUCGAGAAAUUUGCUAAAUUCUGGAAUAGCCUUGUUGCCGCUCAGUCCCCGACAAUCCUUGACUCAAAUCAACGCUUGUACUACAAGAUCCCAUCCCAACUCGAAGCGCAUCACAAGAAUGUUAUCGCUCGUUCUUCCGAACUUGCGACACUCGCCAUUGGCGGGAACUUUGCUGCGCGGCGGCCCUUCCUUGAGAUGCUCGAAAACACGGCUGCGAUGAGCGCGCCCGGAGCCAUCACUUUCCCUCCGACUGAGGACGCAGAUCUGUGGGACGGUGAGCUCGACACAUCAAUCGGAGGCUAUUAUAGCGAAACUUCAUUCAACCCGACUGCGGGUGUUCCGGAAUCCGACGCGUAUGAUCCAGAGCUCGACUUCUCCGACAUUCGAUCAGCUCCCUUCGUUGUCAUACAGGAAAGUGGUGUGCAGCCAGAUCUCCCAUCUCCGGGACCGUCAACUCAUGCGGCCACUGCACCCGCACCCAUGCUUCCACCCGCAAACACAACCCCACGUGCGCACGAAAGUCAUCCGAUGACAUCUGCCUCGUCUAUGCCCAUCCAACAAACCACCCUCCCCGCUGUCCGCUAUCAUCCAUACGGGGGACAAACAACAAUGCCGGAAGGAGGUUCGGGUGUGGAUCGUUGUGCCGUCUGCACCAACGACUUCUGCCCUCGGCGAUGGAUAUGCCCCGGAAAAGGCAAUCGGAAGAACUGCCGGUGCAGUCAUCCUCCUGUGGUACCGCCAGGUCGAAAGGUGCGCACUCCAGAGGCCGUGAUCGAGGAGGCCAUUCGACAAGGGCCCGAAGCGAUCAUUGCGGCGCGCGCGGCGGCGCAGGGAAGACGUCGAAAGUAG